AUGACAAAAGAUUGCACGUUCGCGCAUUUUUGCGACUCGUCCUCUUCGUUAACGCGAAGGAGCCCAACCACGGUGAGAGUAAGCUUCAAGUACAAACAUCGAGAAGGUCUAGUGCGCAUGUCUAUUGUUGCGGGAAAAGAUUUUGCUACUCACUCAACGCGGACAGUCGUCGAAGCUCGCAGAAUAAUAGAACUAAGUUCCAGUCUACUAUCACUUUUAUCGAAAUAA